GGAUUGCGAAGACUAGAGAGCAAAGGUUGAGCAAUCAGACGUUUGGGAAGACUAAACCAGUUACUAUAAUUAUUGACUGUGACGGCUUGGUUCUCUUAAUUAUUGCAGACGCAUUAAGAAGCCCACAAAACGCUACAACAGAAUGGCACCUCAUCUUACACAUGAAGAGUUCUUCUCUUCUCUCACCAACCUCCUGAAUCAAACCUCCCAAAAAGCCCGCGGGUCCGUCUUCCUCACCCAGAAAGCAUUGAUCGAACCCACCACCGAAGAAGGAGCUGUUGCGCCGUCUCGCCCUUCGAUUCUGAUCCGCGCCACGGACGGCAACACCAGCGCACCGAACCCGAAGUCUAGUGCGAACGGCGGCGUUUCCAAGACCAAGUCGAAGGCGUCCAAGGUGAAGAUCUCCACCGUGGUGGCCGCCGACGAGCUCGAGACGUUCUACACCCGGUAUGCGGAGGUGUGCAAGGCUGGCAUGAGCGGGUUGAAGAAGCGCGACCGCAAACGCGGGAAGGCAAAGAAGGGGGCCGCCGCGAAGGUGGCCAAAUAAUGGGGAUAGAAUGGUAUCGAAGGGAACCGUGAGGAAGGGGAAAGCUACUCAUGACGACUUCUUGCAUGGACUGGCGU